CGCCAUAAUUCCGACGUCCACCUCGCCUGCGAUCGCUAUAUUGAGCGCAAUGAAUUUCGCUCCCUAUCAGGAUGAAUCACCCGAAGUCGAGCGGGCAAUGUCGCCUGCCCUCGGCGAUGCCAAUCGCGUGAAAUCGCCCAUUAUCCGAUCUCCUGUCGGCUCUCCUCCGGUUCCAGGUCUCACAUCCAACGCGCUUCCAUCACCGAGUCACUUUGGCGGCAGUGUUCAACCAGGAGCAACUGGGUUCGGAAACAGUGGCUAUGGCGGAGAUGUCGAAAGUGGGAGAUGGAACAUGGGGGCUUUCGAUACGAGUCUACCCAUCCGCAUGGAUUAUGAAGCUAUGCUGGCAUAUCUUCUUCUGCCUCCUGCGGGGGGUGUCUUCCUUCUGCUAGUAGAACACAAAAGCGAUUAUGUACGCUUUCAUGCAUGGCAGUCAAGCAUGCUUUUUACCGUCAUGUUCAUCAUUCAUCUCAUAUUUGCUUGGUCGAGCUUUUUCUCGUGGACUUUAUUUCUAUGCGAUUUGGCCAUGAUCGGUUUCUUGAGCAUGCGUGCGUAUCGGGACGUUGACACACUCGACCACUACGAAGUUCCCAUUUUUGGCCGCCUGGCAAACUCCUUUGUUGAUGACGAAUAAACCUAAUUCCACUUUCAAUGGCGAUGCAUCCGUUUCAUAUACCCCUCCCAUUAUGUUUCUCGUGCCAACUAAGCAUCGCUUUUCCCCAUGG